AUGAAUUUUUCUUACGGUUUUAAUUCGGAUGCUGCUGAAGCUGCUGCUCAAGCCGCUGUAUUACAUCAACAAUUACAAAAUACAAGAAAAGCUCAUGUUCAACAAGCACAACAACAACAACAACAUCAUCAAAACUUAUAUCAACAACAACAACAUCAACAACAAUCAAAUCCUUAUUAUCAACAUAGAAAUGUUAUUUUUGCUGAUAAACAAAAUAGGUCGUUAUUAUUUUAUAUUAAACCAAAUGAUCCAUUAAAAUCUAAAUAUAAAAAUUUAAUUAUUCAAUAUGGUGGUGUUGUAAUUGAUGACCCAGGCGCUAGUACAACAACAAUUUAUUUAUCAAAUACAGAUCCUUUAACUACAAGUUUUAAAUGGAUUGAUGAUUCAAUUGCUCAAAAUACUUUAUUACCAAUGAGUGCUUAUCAAAUUGAUAAUUCAAGUUUUGAUGAUAUGAUUGCAUUGGGUCAAAUUCCUGAUGAACCAUUAGUUAAAAAAGGAAAAGGGACUUCAAGAUUUACCCCUGAACAAGAUUCGUAUAUUAUAGAACAAAUUAGAGCAAAUCCAACAUUAAGAAAUAGUCAUAAAUUUUUUGAUAAAUUAUCUACUCACCCAACUUUAAGAGGUCAUACUGGUAAUUCAAUUAGAUCAAGAUAUAGAAGACAUCUUUCAAAAGAUUUAAUUUAUAUUUAUAAACAAGGUCCAGAUGGUAAGAUGAUUAAGGAUGAAAAUGGUGAAUAUAUUAAAGUUUCACUUGAACAAAUUGAAACUCUAAAGAAGAAAUUUACUCCUGAAGAUGAUUAUCAACUAUGUAUGGAGGCAGUUCAAUAUCAAAGAGAAAAAUGUGAAUCUGAUGGAAGAGAAUUUGAUAUAAAUGAUGAUAUUGAACCAACUUUUUCAUUUUACAAUACAAUGUAUAGAAAAAAUUCAAGUCAUUCUGUUCAUUCAUGGAGAGAUAGAUUUAGAAGGCAUGUUACAAGAGGUACAAUACCUAAAUAUAUUGAAUAUUAUGACAAAUGUAUUAAGGAUAAAGUGCAACCAAAUGUUUUAACAAGAUUAAAUAAAUACACAGAGAAACCAAAAGAAUCAACAGAAUCACAAGCAACAGAAUCAAAAACAACAGAAUCAAAAGCAACAGAACCAAAAGCAACAGAACCAAAUGUAACAGAAUCAACAGCUACAGCAUCAAAAGCUACAAAGUCAACAAAGACAAAAGUUAUAAAACCAAAAGCUACAAAAAAAUCUAAAGCGAAAACUGAUUCAAAUAAUUUAAAAAAAUUAAAUGAAGAAAUUAAUAAAUCAGAAAUUGAUGAUUCAUUAUUGGUUAGACAAGCAGGUGAUCAGCAUAUUGAAGUACCAAAGUUAGCAGAUCUUGCGGAUGAUUCACAAGAUAAAGAAGAAACACAACAAACUCAAAAAACUGAUAUCUUUUCACAAUUACAAUCUCAAGUUCCUAAUUGUGAAUUGAAAUAUAUUCCAAAAGAAGCUGAUUUAGAUGAUUUAAUUAAUGAUGAAUUUUAUGAAUUUAUUGAUUCCGAUUUAAGUAAACAAAUUGAAUCAAUUGUUAGAAUAUCAGAUGAAUCAAAAACUGUUGAAGAAUUAUUUUCAAAAUUGGGUAAAAUUGGUUUUACAAAUUCAUUAAUUUGUCAUUUAAUUUUAGCAACUGGUUGUGAUACUAAAUUGCUCGGUAUAAUUGCAAAUAUUUUUAUUCAAAAUUUAAGAGAUUAUGUUACUAAAGAUUAUGAUAAACCAACUUUUAAAUUAUUAAGAUUUGGUGAUAUUCCUGGCGUAUGGGAUGAUAAUUUAGAUUUCAUGUUAAAUAAAGGGAAAUUUGAUCAAUUGUUACAAUAUCAACUGCGGAUUGCAAUUGAUCAAAGGAAAGAAUUUUUAAAAGGUUUGGAAAUGUUUGGCCUUGAUUAG